UCUUCUUACUAUCCAACGGUUCAGUUCAACUUUAACAGACAGAGACGGUGACAUCAUCAUGCUGGUUUUUCUCUUCCUGUUGGGCCUGGCUCUCUGUGCGGUGUCUCCUUCAGAAGAACAAGAAGUGGAGCCACAGCAAAACAGCUGUCCCACGUCCUGGUCCUUUUUCAACGGCCGCAGCUACAAGUACAUCUCCACACAUUUGGCCUGGGCUGAUGCAGAGCUCCACUGCGUUUCACUGGGAGCCAACCUGGUGUCUAUCCACAGUCAGGCCGAACAUGAGUUUGUCAAAUCUCUGAUCAAGAACUUUGACCCUGCUGAGCGAUGGACCUGGAUCGGACUCAAUGACUUCCACAAAGAAGGAAGAUUCAUGUGGUCUGAUGGGUGUGCAGCCAAGUUUUUCUAUUGGAAUUCAGGAGAGCCAAACAAUGGUGGAGGAAAUGAAGACUGUGUCAACACCAACUUAAGUCCUGCUAAGAAAUGGAACGAUGGACCAUGUUCUAAUACUUAUCCCUCAGUUUGUGCAUCUCGCAUAACUUGUGUUUAACAACUGAGAUGUUACAUAUGUCUGAUUGAACCAGGUCACUGUAAAACUGUUGCUCUGUUAACAUGCUUUGGACCACAAUAAAGACAUGAAUCUACACUAA